CCGCAGUCGAGCGAGAGGCGACAGUGUGUUAGCUGCGCGUCUUGUGUUUUUCUGAUUUUACGGUGCGAUUGACGUUUUUUUUUUUGUUAUUAUUUAAAAGUAGACAAUAAUGUGUACAUACGCGUGUGAAUAUAUACAAUUGUUGACAAUCCUAACUUAGCCUGUACGGACAUUAUAAAAAAAGUGUCGCUGAAGGAACUGUUUGUUACAUGGAUACCAGUGCCUUUUGUUUUUAAAACAGUGGAUUAUAUGAGAUUGGUGCUGUUUAGUUACUCUUAGUUCCUGUAAGGUCUCUCGUGGAACCACCUCUGUGACCAGUGAUUGUUGUCGUGGCCGGUUUCCGUGGAGGAAACUUUCGAAACGUGAAUAAAAUAGUUGGUAAUGCUUUCUUAGCGAAUGCGAGCCCUGGCUGCACGCAUUCCGUAGGGAAGCAAGUGCCGACAUUAAGCAUUUUACGUGAGGCGAGCGGCGCGGGUGGCGGGGCGGGCAGCGGUGGGCUGCUGGCCAUGAACGCCACCCAGGUGCAAUGCGAGCCCCAUGACCCGGUCGUGCUCAUUAAAUAUGAACACCGAACGGCAGGCGGGAGCUGGGAAGAACCGGUGAGCGCAGUGCGGAAUACACCUCUCAGACGUUCACAGAGGCUCAACUCCACCCUGGAUUCCAGGAGCAGUGGUCAAUUGCGCAACACGCUUAGUCGAGCGCGAGAGCUAUGCGAACGGUGGAGGAGUGGCGUUGCGACGCCGGCACCCCCAGCACCGCCGCCCGACGACGAAGGAGGGGGGAGGCUAGCCCGCUGGUUUAGUAUGCGUCGAGGAUCCACACACCAGUAUGACAUGCACUCGCAUGAAUCCGACAAGAUGCCCAAGUUGCCAGCGUUGGAGGAAGAGCUUCUCUCGUGCCUGGGCGAGGUGCGGAGUGUUCGGGUGCCACCGCCCUCACUGGGCCCGCCGCCGGACUCACUCUCACCAGUACAACUGCGACGUCGACAUGUUGUCGCUGCCAUUAUACACAGCGAGAACUCCUACGUCGCUACUCUGCAGCGGCUCGUCAACGACUACAAAAAGCCGCUGGAAGAAAGUAGCCCCGCAAUCCUGAACGCUAGCAAAAUCCAGACGCUGUUCCACAGACUGCCUGAUAUUUUACAAUGUCAUUUGCACUUCCGCACCGCACUUGCCGACUGCGCGCGAACGUGGGACCGCGAUGAAAAAAUAGGCGAGGUCUUUUUAAACGCAUUCUCGAAAGCCGUGGUGUUGGACGUGUAUUCAGACUUUAUAAACAACUUCUCGGUGGCAAUGGAGUUGGCGAAGAUGGAGUCCAAACGUAAAUCAGCGCUCGCAGACUUCUUCAAGGUGAAGCAGAUCAGCGCCCACGACCGGCUCUCGUUUUUUGGACUGAUGGUGAAGCCGGUGCAAAGGUUUCCCCAGUUCAUCAUGUUUUUGCAGGAUCUCCUAAAACACACACCCCCCGGACAUUCGGACCGCGUCGCGCUCCAGCGCGCCUUAACACGACUGGAAGCGCUCGCGGACGCGCUCAACGAACGAAAACGCGACGCUGAGAGGACACAGGCUUUCCGCGCGGCGUUGCGCAGGCUGACGCGCGGCGGUGUGGCGGGCGCGGGGGGUGCAGGCGGCGCGGCCCGCUUCGGCGCCGCGCGGCUGCUUGCUUCCCGCGCCGAUAAGCGCCACCUGCUGCGGCAAGACGACUUGGUACAGCUGGAAUUCAACCAACUGGGCAGCGUAUCGAAGUGCAAACCUCGUCGGCUGCUACUCCUCAAUGACUUAGUUGUGUGCGUGUCAGUUGGCGGCGGUGGGACAGGAGGAGGAGGGGGAGAGGAUGGGGAACGACUCGGACUAAAAUGGGCACACCCUGUGCAAGAUGUGGAAGUCGUCGAUACAGGCACCUCGCCCACCCUCAGCCGUGUGCUCGCGCAGGGCAUGAACCGCAGCGGCAGCCUACGGUCCAACUCCAGCAGUAACGGCCACCUGAACACAUCGACGGCGGACUCUCUGUGCAACGAGAUGUCGACGCUCAUGCACGACUACGAGACCGUGUCGCGUAUGGCCGACCUCGCCGCCUCACUCCGCUCCCCUUACCCGGAGCUGGCGCCUGAGGUGUUUAAGACCUUGUUGCAAAACAUACAACAAAGUAUACAGCGCAAAGACGACGAGAUGGCAUGGGUGGACUCGUGCUGCCUGCAGCUAUCCGUGCGCGGGCGCGAGGAGCCGGUGACGUUCCGUGCCCGCGAGCCGGGCGCGCGGCUCGCGUGGGCGACCGAGCUGCGGCUGGCGCAGUUGGCGCAGGCGUCGGCUAACUCGCCCGCGUGGAGGCUGCCGGCGCCGCACCACGCGCCGCACAAAAUGCCACUCUUCGUCGCCGCCACGCCUGUCUACAAUUCCAAGAAUUUGACCGAGGUGCGUUGUGGGUGCUUCUACACGUCGAGCGGCUGUUCCGGCGGGGCGGGCGGCGGUCCAUCGCGGCGUGCACGCGCGUUGCUGUGGGUGAGCGCGGGCGGCGGCGCCGACAGCCACGUCGCCGUACUCACGCAUCGCGCCGCCAAGCUCAAGACCCUAGUCACGCUCGACUUACCCGACACCAAGGUGACCUCAAUGGAAUAUGCAAAAGGACUUCGACAAGUGACCACACUGUGCGGCGACACAGUCUGGCUCGGCACUGAGGACAAGAAGAUCAUUAUAUUUUCCGGCGUGGAACCAGAGAAACAGGAAAAACUGACUGAGGUCCACACCAUCGCUGCCGUAACACAAAUACGCUACCACUGUGACUCCAUGUUCGUAGGUCUUGCUAACGGCAGAGUAUCGGUCUUCAGGAGGAAUCACGACGAUUCCUGGGCACUGCAAGAACCUCUCGCAAUUGAACUAGGAGACAAACCCGUGCACUGCGUCCUGCCAAUAGAUGGCAUUAUAUAUGCGACAUGCGCGCGACGUGUGUUCGCCAUAAAUGCACUCACAGCAGAAAUCAUGCGUAUACUAGAAUUAAAAGGCGACGACAAUCGCUCAGUUAGAUACUUAGCACAUUCUGGCGUUGGACUGUGGACUGCUUUUUCAGACUCUACAUAUGUCAGCCUAUACCACGCAGAAACCUUUGAACACCUCCAGAAUAUUGACAUCGCCGCCGACGUGGCGAAAACUAUAGGAGCCAGAGAAGGAAGCAAGCCAGCUUACGUAUCUGCUUUACUUGCUGGACAAGGAUUGCUGUGGGUUGGGACGACAGCCGGUGUCACGGUCACAGUACCACUGCCAAAACUAGAAGGACUACCGCUGAUCGGUGGACACAUUGCUGUAUCGUACCACGCGCAUGCUGGCCCCGUAACAUUCCUGUUAUCUUUGUUACCGGAGUCGAGAGAUGUAGAUGUAAAUGUUAUUCGACGCAAUCUCUCCAACGCGCGGGCUCUCGCUGACACUACCACUUUACAAGAAUUCAAAGAAGAAGAAGCGAAAGAAGAUAACGAAAAGCCCAAACUAGAAAGGCGGAUAUCAGAAGAAUCAAGUCCGUACCGGCCGCAACGCGUACAAUCAGCAGUCGUAAGGAGGAAGAAACCAGGAGAUGUGCGGCUUAGUAAAACAUUACCAAAGUGUGCCAACCUGAAUGCAUGUGAUGUCUAUGGUUUGUUUGGAGAUUUAAUGUUUGUUAAAGACUGUGUGGGCGAAGGAGAUGUGAGCGGUUCAGGCGGCGAUGCAUUGCGACGGAGUGAUCCGGAAUUAGCCGCAAUACCUUUCAGAGUCAGUACCCUCGAUCGUAGAUUGAGAAUGCGAGCUGGUCGACCAAGAAGUCUCGACUUGUCUAGUUGGUCAGUAGAUUCGCGCGCUUCCAGUCUGUGCACGUCUUCCGGCAGUGAAGAGUCGAUGGCAUUGCGCGCUGUUUCCCGAAACAGCUCCGGGGCAUCUGGUGCAGCUGGACUCGCACCCGUAGCAGUUUCUACACCAGACUCGUCUUCAGGGAAAUCUACAGCGUCUGAGCGCUCAGUCUCUCGGAGCGAUUCUGCUUCAGCUAACGAACAGAGACCAACGCCUAAAAACGCAGCGAGGAGCCUCCGCGGUGCUGAUUACGUAGUUGGUGAAAGCGCGGCCCGAAGGUCAGUAGUGACCAUUGUAGGCGGUCGAGGCUACGUAGACUGGAGGCAAACCGCUGACGCUGCAGAAAGACCUGCGCCAGCCGCAGAUCCUAACCCCAAAGACGCACAUCUCAUUCUGUGGGAAACGCGAUUGUGACGUGUGACUCGUGGGACUGAAGUAUGUUGGAUACUUUACGCGCGUACUCCUUACGUGAGAUCACCAUUGACGAAUCCAAAUACUAUCAGAAAAUUCUGUGUCAUAUAUUUCGCAAUGUAAAUACUGGUGCGAACAAAGAUCUAUGUAAAUUUUACGUGUUUAAAGGGCUAUUAUAAUUAUACUGUAGGUUAUUAAGAUUGUGUUAAAUAUUUUGUAAAUCUGUUACGAUAUAACACGCCUUAUAUUUGCGAAUAUUUAAAACCGUUCUGUUUACGCAGAAGCAGGAUUACAUAUUUGAAAGUUUAAAUUUACACUGAGUGUAAAAGUAUGUGAUAAGCUUUAAAUUAUUUUUGGAAAUUAGGGCUUUGUUUAGUCCAUUGUUUACAUCGGUUUAUUUGAUAAUAUUUAAGCACUGGUGCAUUGUUUGUGAUGUUAUAUUGAAAUAUUAAGUAUAGGAAAUAUGCUAUAUAAUAAUUAACUGUUUCGAAUAAUUGUGUUCAAAUAUCAUUUAAAUUGUAAUAAUUGAAAUUAAUUUUUUAAAUAAUUCCAAAAUAAAUCAGAUCUAAAUUCCGAUAAAAUGUUAGUAACCCGCCAUAUUAACUUAGAAUUAAACUUGAUUGUAAAAAUGUAAUUAAACUUUAAUUUCAGUUGAGAAUUAAUAUUAUAAUUUAACAAUAAAUGUAAAUUCAAUUUAAGCGCAAAUUAACAUGAAACAUAGUGGCCUUAAUGUUAAAAUUUCCAGUGUGUGAUUAUAGCAUUCGUUUAAGCUUUAUUGUUAGACAUAAUUAUAAUGUCGCUUUAAGAAUUAGACUGAUUUAGUUUAAGCGUUCAAACAUAUUAUUAGUUGAAUUUUAAUGUUUAAGGCGAAUAUACGAAUCUACGAACGAAUUCACAAUAGAAUAAAACGGGUCUCGCAUAUGCCGAACAAUAUAGCAUAGGUACAGGUACUAAUUACAUAUACACAUCAAGAGAAUAAAUAUAUAUACAAAAUAUUUUGUUAUAAAAGAGAAGAAAUAACAUGACAAAGGCGAUAUUUAAAAUUUACUUUGCAAAUUCACGAUUUAUUUUCGCUCGCCGUGGAAAAUUAAUUAUUUAUUAUAUAGACAAUAAAGCAUGUUAUUCCUAUCUUUAACAGUUAAUAGUUACUAUCUUAUGUAUUAUAUAUUUAUAUUACUUAUCUUAUCGUAUGUUCUGUCACAAAGUUACGCAAAUGUUUUACUCUAUUUGCAAGUUAAUUGCAUAUAAGUUAUUUUGUUUCUAUACCUUAUACAUUGUUAGUGGUCAGUACUGUGAAAUUUAGAUUGCGCAACUCCAAAGAGAUAAUGUUUUCAUACAGGCAUUUUAAAAUUAAGGAUUCCAUAUAUACUGCUAAAAAACUAAAUGUGCCAAAAUGUAAACUUUCAGUUGUAUUUGUUAAAUAUUGUACAGAAAUAUUUAUUGUAUAGAAUUUUAUUUUACAGUAAAUAUCCAUAUUUUUCAACAAACAAUAUUUUCAUGUAAAGGAAUUCUAAAAUACUGUAAAUUUGUCAAGGCCAUAUCUAAAAAUUUCACAAAAUCUUCAAUACUUUUGGUUAUAUUAUUUCCAUGGAAUCUUUAUUACUAAAAAGGGGUCACAAUAUGUAUGUACUAAGGUGUAAAUAAAAUUUAAGUUUAUAUGUAUACACCUGUA